GUCAUAUUUAUUUUACAGAAAAAAAUAAAACAUACUUUAUUUUUGCAGGGAAUGGAUUUCUCUAAAAUUGGGGGAAGCCUCCAAGUGCGAGCGUUGACGGUGCAUGGAAAUGGAAUCCAAAAGCUCCCCGAAUUCUCACGCCACGCUCCUGAUUCACGGCCGAACUGCGGGAAAAGCAAAGGAACGCACCGGAAUCCCCUCAGAAUUACGACAUCGUGUGGGAGGAAAUGGAGAGUCAUAGGACGAAGAGAAAGAGGAGGAAGCGAAAGAGAGUAAUUGUCGAAGAUUUUGAAGAAAAGAAGAGAGAAGAACGGGUUCUGCGAAGGGACCCACUAGAGGUGUUCGGUACGGACAUGAUGUCGAUGAUACUGAGUAACCUCGACGCACGCAGCGUGGCACUGUCUCUCCUCGUCUCCCGUGGCUGGCACGGCGUCGCUUCCAGUGAUCGCAUAUGGGGCCCCAAGUUGGAGGAACUGUGGGUUGGGAAAGCACACAUACCUCGCCUGUCACAAAUCCGGGGAUUAUCCAAACUGACCGCUUAUUCAUUAGCUGUCAGGGAUGGCAAGCGUAACCGUAUCAGGAAGGAUGAUUUGUGUGAUCAUGUUUGGGAGUUUCAUUUUAACAAGGGGGCACCUGAAUAUUGGCGGAAUCUUGAUCCUUAUUGGAAGGGCACUGGCCUUCCCAUGCGCCGCUACUUCCAUCCAGACGGGAGCCAAAGCGCAGAUCCUGAUGAUAUGGUAUGGGGCGGUCAUGAGUGCUGCUACUUGACUGUCACCAGCAUUGUUGGCGAAGACAAAAUCAGGGAACACUAUGUGAGGAUAAACCGAUGGCCUCGAAUGUCUGUGUCUAGGAAGCAGGACUGGAGCUGGGAAUUAUCAAACUGCCUUUAUUCCUACUCCAGCAUCCCCGAUGCUGAUAGGGAAGGUGGUACUGGGCCGCUAUAUGGACUUGUGUAGUUUUCUUUUUACUUGUAAAUUAACCUUUAGGGCUUGCCGGUUAUCUGAGUUGGGGAAUAUUAUGUAUGUUUGGGCAGAGCUAAUAAAUUAAUCCAGGAUAUAAAUGUGUCUCUGGUGACCCAAUUAUGGCAGGUUACAGCUUUUUUAGGUAUGUUCAAUAUCACAUUUCUCCCUCUUUUAUUCUUCCAAGCUGUGGUUGCCAAAUUGUAUGUUGACUUGAUCUGGCAUAGUAUGUUAAUCCAAUUCAGGGCGUGCAUUGAAAUCGUCACACGUCUCAAGUUGGUCUCA